AUGGAGCUUGAGACGUGCUGCAAAGAGGAAUGGGUGAAACUGCCCAAAGAUAGAUUAACCCUAUAUAUACUUUCCUAUAGUGCUUUAAGGUACCUUAUUCCUGUAACAUCGCAACAUGGAAUCAAAAGAAGUGGAUUAAGUCCCAUCCAUUCUGCAACAGAUGGACAAAGUGUGCAGUGCUUGGAGCUAUUAAUUGAAAAUGGCUUUGAUGUCAAUGAACUUUUGGCUGAACAUAUGUCUGAAAACUAUGGUGAUAAAAGGAAAACAGCGUUAUUUUUUGCCGUCUCCAACAAAGAUGUUCUGUGCACUGAGAUGUUAUUAAAAGCUGGUGCUAAUCCAAACAUAGACCCUCUAAACUGUCUCCUUGUGGCUGUGCGAUCCAGGAACCAUGAAAUAGUGAGGCUGCUGUUAGCUCAUAAUGCUGAUGUCAACUGCUAUUUCAUGCUUGUGAAUGACACUCAUUUCCCUAGUGCAAUACAGUACGCCCUCAAUGAUGAAAUCAUGCUACGCUUAUUGUUAAAUAACGGAUACCAGGUUGAAAGGUGUUUUGAUUGCCUACAUGGGGACAUUUAUGGUGGCUCAUUCAUAUGGUCAACCUCCGAAGAAGAAGUGCUACCAGGCUGGACAUCGUGUGUUAUAAAAGACAGCCCUGUGAGUAUAAUUUUCAAUUCGCAAAACUGCCGCUUUAAAAUUGCCAUUGCAGCUUUGGUCCUGCUGUGCACCUUAAUUAGUGCACAGGCAGAAGGGAAGACUUGGGUGAGUAAAGGUGUUCAGAGCUGGGUGGAGAUAAAGGUGGUCAUUCCGAGUUGAUCGCAGCCAGCAACUUUUUGCUGCUGCUGUGAUCAACUAGUCCACGCCUAUGGGUGUAUUUUAGCUUAGCAGGGCUGCGAUCGCUUGUGCGGAUCCGCCCAGGAAUGCCUUCUUCCUGUCAAUCUUCUUGCAGUCGGCUCUGCGACCACUUUCUUGAUAGGACGCGACGUAAACCGACGACCCCCGUUGCCGGGCAACAAUGCGCGUGCACAGUGCGUACUCCACGCAUGCGCAUUCUAGACCUGUUUGCACUGCAGCAACAAACCGCUGUACAGAUAGGUCCUCGCUCAUCCGACCUGCAAUUGCUAAUAAUCUGUGGUUGUGUGCCGCAAGUAGACU